CGACCGUCGUUACAACUACAUCUCCUCUCCGCCUAACACCUCAAAGCACUCUUCAGCUGGUCUGGACGACUCCCCUAUAACGAUAUUAUGACCCGGUAGCAAUUUGAACAUGUCGCUCCUUCAGAACGAGGACUUCGUCCUCUACCAAUUACGCACUGCGUACCUCAGCCAGGUCAAAGAUGGCGUCGGCGAGCGCUUGAUCAAUGUCGACUCUUCGUUCCUGAACAACCCAGCCUUCCGCGCCGCCGGCUGGGUGCCAAAUGCUGCCGAGAUACGCCGCACGUACUCGCCGCCAAUCCCCACUGCAGUAACCUCCGAUUACUUCCAGGCACCGCGUUCGGCUGGCCUGAAGUCGCCUGAAGGAUUCGGUGAAGACGAGGAUGAAGGCGGCAUGGUAACGGGCGGCGGGGGCAGCAAUGACACAGUGGGGCCUACGUUAAAUACCAAGCGACGUCGCAGGAAAGAAAUACUAGAUGAGGAUGACAGCAGCGACCUGAGCGAUGAAAGCGACGAAGAUAUGGAGGGCACACAUAGGCCCGUAACCCAGAUCAAGUUCCAGAAGAUGCCCCUGCGCAAUCGAGCUGGAUCGUCACCCAUUCGUGGGUCUGCCCUGAGGCAUGGGCUGGCAGACACAGCCGACGGGCCAUCUGUCAUGGUGACAUCGCCUUCACGACCGCCAGAUAGUCGCCUUCGCAGAGGAUCUCUGGGCGCGGUGGAGAGCAUCAAGGAGCGUGCCAGGAGGGACACCGUGACCAGCAGUGAAAUGUCUUCGGAGAAUGAGCAAGAUUCGUUCAUAUUCCAGAAGAAAAGGGUCAACCCCCACAGAAUUGGCAAAGGCAGUCACAUUCUUUCAGAUCGGAACCGAGAAGACGAAACGGAGCGGCUCGAGGCUCUUCACGAAGGCAACGAAUCCGACAGUUCACUAUCGUCUGAAUUCUCAGGAACCGCUGAUUCUGCGUCUCUACUCGGCGAAGGCGACGGUCUCCCAUCUACUCCUUCUGCUGCUCUACCUCACGUGAACGCAAUUCCUGGGUUGACACCUUUUGCAAAUACAUCGCCCAGGAAGGCUCAAAAGCAAGUGGCACCCACUCUGCAGGCUCUUCCACCGCCGCGUCCUAUCAGUUUUAUUCCUCCUAUCAGUGCUUUGACCCAAGCUCUCCAGGCAAAGGAACAAAAGCCGUCCAACCCGCUUCAAAGAUUUGCUGCACUGUCGGCCGCCAGCGAAGCUCAGGUCAAUCCCAUCUACAUUCGAAUCUACUGCCCAUUCUCAUCAAAGUCUUCAAAACCUAUUGAACUGCUGAUGAAGAAAUUCGAUGACAAGGGAGAGGCUGUCACAGUGUCGGAAGCCAUCGGCUUCGCAUUAUGGCGAUAUCAGGAGGAGAAAUUGGAGCCCGCCUUGUCAGCCGAACAAGCUAAUGUCAAUUGCUGGGUACUUCGAAUGUACGACGAUGGCGAGAUCGAUGACGAGUUCCCAGCGUUGACAAGAAACAAACCAAUUAUGGAUUUCGCCUCCAACAAUAGCCGAGGGAUGCGGCCUCGAGCGCGAGAAAAGCCAUGGGACGAGUUCGGUCUCGUCAAAGCGAGCGAGCGGGAGUUGGCAGAAAAUGAGAAACUCACUCCUGUGUACAGCAGAGAGGCUGCCGCGGCCCUGGCGAGUCAACAAUCGGCCACUGAAAGUCCGGUUGAGAAGAAGCCGCCUCCCAAGCCCAUGGCUAGUCGGGCAAAGAGUUUCCGCAAUCCGAUUACUGGGCCAUCGUUUGCACCAACAGCUAGUCGCAAGAAUACCAGCAACCUCGCCGAUGCCCCAUCAGGCCCGACUACGCAUGCGGCGAGUCGCGUUGGAGCACCCAAGGUGGUCAAUGUGCAUUUCACGGAUGAGAACUUCAACACGAGACAUACAUCAGUGCCGUGCACGACCGACACCUACAUUGCUGAGGUCUUCGACAAAGUGUGCCGUGACCUCCACCUAGAUAAGGCUCUAUACGUCUUGAAGGUGUCAGGUUCUACGACCGUAGCACCGUCAGAUCGAACGGUCGAAGCUCUAGGGAGUCGCUCCGACCUGGAUCUUAUACGUCGUCGAUUCGUGGGCGACGGUGUUUUCGGUCUUGCGGGCUCGCCCGGCUCCUCCUCGCCCAAUGCUCCUUUGAUCAUUUCCACAGGAGGGGCCACUAAGAAGACGAAGAAAUCCGAGCGCACGAUUGCCGCAGCCUCGGGGCCCGCUCUGAUGCAUCCGCUCUCUAAACACAGCACCAACGAUGUGAUGGGCCAUCUUUCCGCCCAGAAUCCGUACUACCGCAGAUACCUCGUCACCCGAAAACAGCCCAUGUCAUUCACGUCGUCAUCGUCCCGCAUCAUAGCUCUCGACAAUGAGUACAUGCAUAUCCUGCCGUCGACGUCUACCAAAGACAAAGACCUCGACGCUGCGACGAAGGCUCUCUUCGACCAGUCCAAGAUGACCAAUAUUCAUUUUAGCAGCAUCGUCGGUAGCAAAGUUAGCAAGAAGCAUCCCAGGAUGUUCCGCGUCAUUGUUUUCAAGGAGAGGGAAACGAAAAGGUACGAUUUCGAGGCGAGGGACGGGGACGAGGCGAGGGAGAUAGUCGAGGAGAUCAAGAAGGGAUAUAACCGCUUCCAGGAGGGCAUGGUAUAGGGUCUCUUUACCUUUCCGUAACCGGCUUCUUCUUCAUGGGAUUUCAUCUACGAAUCCACAUCUUUUUCUCUACAUUUUCGGGAAUGGGGACUACAUAGCGAGUUGAACGACUGGGUUGGUGACGGGACGGGAGUACGAUUUUCUGGGUUUCUGCAAAACAUGAAGCAGGUGUAAAGCCAUUGGGUCUGGGGUUGGCGCUACUCAUAUCUUUCUUCUUCACAUUGAUUUCGGCAGGUUUCGACAUAAAAGAUACCAUUAGGCGAGGUCUUAACAGGGAUCAUCACAUACUUACCAUUUAUCG